AAAUGUGUUUCUGCAUGUGCCACGUUGACAGACGGUGGUUUAGUCAAACCUACAGUUCUUUCUGAAAAGACACAGGAGGGACAUCUAAUCUGAGCCAUGUCUGGACUGAAUGCCUCUCUCGGAUACUUCCUGGCUGUUGUGAUUUUUGCAGCCUCAGUUCGAACACUCCUUAAUAAAUGGCCACGGUUUUUCUUCACUUUGGAGUUUGCGUCCUCUUUUAUGCUGGUGGCAUGUUGGCUGGAGGUGCAGACCAUUGUGGAGGUGGGUGAGUGGGCCGGGGGCUUGGGUCCUGAUGUGACUGUAACCAUGCUGUUCGUGGUGCUGCUAACACACGGCGUGAUCUGCGGUGGUGCAACAGGGAAUCCCACCCUGGUUGUGAUGAAGUUCCUGCAGCUCGACGCCACCACUCUGCCCACUCUCCUUGCUGUUGCAGCACAUUUUCUUGGGGCCCAUGUAGCCCUUCUUGUAGCUGUUUACUACUGGAGUCUGGAGCUGACAGACAUGCACAUGAUCAAAACCCUGAUGGCUAGAGAGUGCAGCACGUCUCUGCUGGUCUCUUUGCUUCAGGGUUUUUUUACAGAGUGUGUUUGCGCGCUCAUCUUUCACCUAGUCCAUCUGAACCUGCAACGCAGAUGUGCUCUGAUCCGGGUGCCCUUGAUCGCCAUCCUCCUCACUUUCCUGUCCCACACAGCCAGAGGCUACACCUCAGCUUACAUAAAUCCAUCACUGGCCUAUGGCCUCACCUUCUACUGUUCUGGAUUUACCUUCACAGAGUAUGCAGUAGUGUACUGGCUGGGCUCUCUCACAGGCAUGACUCUGGCUCUUCUUCUGUAUAUGGGCCAUAUCCCAAGGAUUUUCGCCAAGAAUUUACUAUAUUUCCAGAAGACACGUUUCCGAGUGCCAAAGGGAGACAAAGGAGAAAAGAAGAAAAUGUGAAAAAAAAA